AUGGAUAUCCAUGAGCAGGUUCUGAAAGUGGUGGAAAAGUCCUCGAAGGACAUCAAGUUCAAUUUCCAGGAACAUUUACUUGGAGGGUGCUCCAUUGACGCCCACGGCACUCCUUUGACCGAUGAAGCGCUCAGCGCCGCCAAAUCCGCCCACGCCGUCCUUCUCGGCGCCAUCGGUGGCCCCAAAUACGGCUUUGGCAAAGUGCGACCGGAACAAGGCCUCCUCAAGCUCCGCAAGGAGAUGGACGCAUUCGGCAACCUACGACCAUGCUUCUUCGCCUCUCCGUCGCUGGCAGCGCGCUCGCCGCUCAAAGAGGAAAUCUGCCAAGGCACGGACUUCAUGAUCGUACGUGAGCUGACGGGCGGCAUCUACUUCGGCGACCGCGUCGAAGCCAACCCGGCGGACGGGGAAAAGGAAUGGGCCGAAGACCGCGAACCGUAUUCCCGCAAGGAGAUUGAGCGCAUCACGCGACUGGGCGCGCACCUGGCCCUGGCCAAGAACCCGCCCGCGAAGGUCUGGAGUCUGGACAAGGCCAACGUGUUGGCCACGAGCCGACUGUGGCGCCGCGUCUUCACCGAAACCAUGCAGAAGGAGUUCCCUCAGCUGCAGUUCGAGCAUCAGCUGAUCGACUCGGCGGCUAUGAUCAUGAUCAAGAACCCGCGCGCUCUCAACGGUGUCAUCGUCACCUCGAAUCUGUUCGGCGACAUCAUCUCCGACGAGGCCUCCGUCAUUCCCGGCAGUCUGGGUCUGCUUCCUAGUGCUAGCCUCAGCGGUGUCCCUGACGGCAAGGGCAUGUGCAACGGCAUCUACGAACCCAUCCACGGCUCGGCACCGGACAUCGCUGGAAAGGGCAUCAUCAACCCCGUCGCCGCCAUCUUGAGUGUUGCCAUGCUUUUGCUUUACAGCUUGAACAUGCCGCGCGAGAGUACUCUGGUCGAGCAGGCUGUGAGAAUAGUCAUUGACAAGGGCAUCAUGACCACAGAUAUCGGUGGCUCCAGCUCCACCGUCGAAGUGGGUGAUGCAGUCGCUAAGGAGUUGGAGACUCUGUUUAGCCAGUCGUGA